AUGACAAGACCAAGACAAACACCCCAAGGCCAAGACCGAAAAAACCAAGAAAAGUAUUGGUUCCAAGACCAAGACCAAGAGUCUCGCACAUCUUUACUAAAUAGCAUAUACCAAAAAACUUUUUACAAAAUACAUUUCCGGAAAAUACAUUUUACCCUAUUUAUUUUGUAUCCAGAUGUACAUUCUUUAGUAUUCCAUUCUGCUUCGGGUGUUUUAAGUGCCUUAUAUAGUGACCGCUCCCUUUACCAUUGGCAAUUACAUUUGUCUGUUACAGAAGGAGGAAAACAACAACAGGAAGAGUCAUUAAUCCAUCAAGUAGUUAAACUAAGUUCUCAGCAUUUCCAUGUUGGUCCAAUUUUUGAUUUGGAAACUUGUGAUUCACCAUUAAUUCAAGGUUCAGACGAUUUUUUCCUAACAGCGGGAGCUGAUGAAACUGUUCGGUUUUGGUCUUUGUCUUCUUCUCAACCAACAAAUAAUUCCUCCUCUUCACCUUUACUAACUCCUGAAUUGAAAAGAGUGCUCUUUUUAAGUUCAGAAAGUGGAUUAUUAACUGAACAACUUGAUAAAAAUUUUGGAGGUCUCCUUUCUGACUCAUUAGAAUCUACAACGGGUGUGCGCUGUCUUCGUCUCUCUCCUAAUAAUGAACAUUUGGCUUGUGGUCGUAAAAAUGGCAAUAUAAGUAUUUUUGAUUUACGCUCACCUAAUUGCUCUAUACUUGUUGAAUUUGAAGCUCAUGAAGGAGAAGUUCUUUGUCUAGAUUAUAACAACCACUCAACCAAAGAAAAUUUUGAAAAAAUUGGUCAAUUCCUUGCUUCUGCUAGUAGAGAUUGCCUUAUUCACAUUUUUGAUGUUGAACAAAAUUAUGCUCAUUUAUUAACUUUGGAUGAACAUAGAGGGCCUGUAAUUACUUUGAAGUUUAUCAAACCUGAAGAGGAUUCUCAACUUUUACUAAUAAGUUUUGGUGGAGACCAAUUAUUAAUUACUCGAGAAAUAUUUUUUAAUACAACAACAACAAUAAAACAUCUUUCAACAAAUAUAUUAGUUCAAAUAGAUAAAUGGCCAAAUGAAAAAAUUCCAAAUUGUGUGGCUAUAAGUAAAAAUAAAAAUAUUUUAAUUGGAUGUCAAAAUAGGUCAUUGUGUGAAAUUAAUUGUAAAACUGGUCAAUUACUACGUACUUUUGAUAAAGAAAAAAUUUUUGGAAAAAAUUUGGAAGAAGAAGAAGAAUUUGGGGGAGGAAUUAGAAUUACAAAGAUUUGUGUAGACCCUUCUGGUACUUUAGCAGCAAUCCUUUGUUCUGAUAGAAGUGUUCACCUUUUUGAUUUACUUGAAGAAAAAGAGUGUGGAGAAGAGGAUGGUGUUGAUGAUGAUAGCAACAGCAACAGAUGUGGCGUUAUUGGCCUUCCAUCAGAUUGUGUCACCGGACUUGCCUUUUUGCCUGACUGCAGACGUCUUUUGCUUGUUACAUAUUCUGGUUGUAUUGCUAUUUGGCGUUUACCUACAACUCUACAAAAACGAAUUCCUCCCAAAAUUUCUUUAGCUUGUGAACGAGAUUCCACAAGCCCAGAAACUGCUACCAACCCAAAAAUAAAUAAAACAACAACAGACGAUAUUCUCUCUGAACAAUUAAAUUUUUCAAAUUUGGCCAAUUUUGUAGAACAACAACAACAACAACAACUUCCAGCCAUUUUCUCCCUAAGUUCUGUCUCUUCAAACAUUGCCGCCAACAACAACAAAAGACCUUCAACGCUGCAAGAGGCUGAUGAUGAAUUGGACAGUGGAAUUGGUGGUGGGGGAGAAGGUGGAGGAGGAGGAACAAGUAGUGGUGCUACCUCAGCAGAUCGAGGAGGACAACAGAAAAAACAACAACAAAGGUAG